AUGAAUCAUUCUUCUUAUCAUGAUCAACCAUACUCUUAUGGACAUGUGCCAUUUCAAUUAGAACUUGGCAAUGGUCUAUUACAUAGUGCCAAUUGUAAAAAUCUAAAUGGACAGAACAGUAAUAUUCAUGAUUCAAAAUCUGUUGAAAUUACACGUAAUGUUGAUACGGGUAUUACUUAUUUAUCGUUGCCAGCACCAAAAUUUCAACUUGUUAAACAUCAGCAACUAUUUGAUGCUAAACAUCAAUGUGAACAAGAUUUUUUUAUACGUUUUCGACUCAUGACCGACGAUGAAUUGGAUGAAAUAUUUUCGAAUUUGAAUGAACAUGACGCUAAUCGAUACAUAAAUAGUUAUCAGUAUUUAUAUCAAUGCGUACUGAAAUCAAUAUUAAGAGAUGUUGAUUUAAAUGAAGAAAUUUCACAAAUCAAACAUGAAAUAACAUAUCAAAAUGCAAUUCUACCUAUACUAAUGCAAAAUCAUAAAUUAGCAAAGCGUGAAAGAAAAAUUCUAUAUAAUAUCGUAACAAAAUCAUGGCGAAAAUUUGAUGAACGUAUACAGAAUGAAAUAAAUGUACAGCAUCAAUUUGAACAGUUAAAAAGCGAACAUCAAGAUUUAACAAAUAUGAAAAUAAAACAAGAACACUAUCAAACAUUCUAUUCUCAAUUACAUGAUACUAAUAUUAAUGUAAUGCAUUUAAAACGAGAAAUUCAACAAUUAAUUGGUUAUAAAGGUCAAUUAGAAAAUGAAAUACACGAAAUCAAAACUCAUUGUUCUCAUAGUUUGACUCAACUUAAUUUUCUCAAAUGCAAAGUUGCUCGAACUCUUACAAAUGAACUAAAUAAUCUUCAGCUACAACGUGAUUCAUUAAUAAAGCAAACUGAAUUAAUGAAAUAUAAUUUAACCGAACAAACUCAAGAAUAUGAUAAUACUCUUAACAACCAUCAUACAAGUUUAAAUAGUUUUCGUUUCGUAUUAAUUGAACUUGAACAACAAUUGAAAAAGCAGACAGAAAAUGAAUUACUUCAUUUAAAACCAUCUAAUCAAGUAAUUCAUGAUGAUGCACAUAAGUUAAUAUUAAUUCUAGAAAAUAAAGUUGAUGAAAACAAAUUAUUAAAUAUUGAAUUACAAAAAACUGUUGCUGAUUAUCAAGAAAAUAUUUUGAAACAAAAGCAAUCGUUGAUCUAUCGCGACGCAUGUCUUCAAUUAAAAACUCAAUGUCGCACCAUUGGACGUCAAUUAAGAUUAAAAUUAAAAGAACAUUCAAAGGAUGAUAUUCUCUAUCAAGCAUUAAUUCAACAUCAUGAUUCGUUAUUAACUCAAAAAAACGUAGAACACAUACGUACGAAUACAUCAAAUGAACAUACAUAUCCAUUAAUUGAUGAAAAUGUUCAAUUAAAAAAUCAUUUUGAACAUCUUCAUCGUGAAAAUACCCAAAUAAAUGCAAAUACUUUACUUGAGUCGAGACAAAAAGUUGCUCGUCUUAAACAGAUUCAUCAAACAUUUGUUAAACAAAACCUUAUCUAUGAACAUACAAAAAACAAUCAUCAUAAAAUAAAUGAACAAUUACAUAUGAAAACUAAUCGAAUUACUGGUAGAAUGAAUAAUAUAUUGAAUAGAAUUCAACAAAAUAGAUUAGAUUUCAACAGCAAUUAUGAACAUAUUCGAAUACUCGAAAAUAAACUAAGCGAAGAACAACAACAGUAUCUUCAAGCUACAUAUUUAUUGACGGAAAUGAAAAAUCAUUCGGAUUCAUAUGGAACUAAACAACAAUUAAUAAAAAUGCAAAUACAAGUCGCAUCGAAUAAUAUUAAACAUUCUCAAUAUCGCUUAAAAAGUUUUACUGAACAAUUAUCUAUUUGUCAUAAUGGUGUAAUUGAGCAGCAGACAUCUUUAAAUAAAUUAUACGAAUUUCAUUCUGCACUUGAACAAAAAGACGAAAUUAAUCUAAGAAAGCUCUCAAAUGUUCACAAUCAAUAUGUUAGCCUUCAAAAUCAAUACGAAGUUUCACAGAAACAUCUUAAAAAAGCAAACGAAGAUUCAAUAAAAUAUUUAAAAGUUCGAUCAAUCUUAGGUCGUAUGGUGGUGCGUCGAAUUAAUUUAUGUCAACUAUUAUAUAAAAAAUUAGCUCGAUUUGAUGAGCAUAUUCAUCAACGAGAGAAUAAUAUUCAAAUUAUUUCUAAAUGUAUUCACUCAUUAAAAAUUCAUAUUCGACAAAACCGAGAACAAAAUAGAAAGUUAAUUGAGAAAAAAGAUAAAUUUCAACUUGAGGUUGUAAAAGCUCACAUUGAUAAAAUCCUUGAUCGUUCACAUGAAAAACAAAGAGUACUCAGGAAACAAAUAUUUCAACGACAUUUUUGUAAAAGACAUUCACUUGAUCCUUUACCACGUGAAGAACUAGCUUAUUUAAAAAACAAACUUUGCAUUAUAAAGAAUCGUUUCAUAAAAAUAAUAUGUCGUGGGAUUAUUUGUAACUUAGUACUUGUAUCAAUCCAACAAGAAUUUUCAAAUCAAUUAGAAUAUCGUACAUUGAAAUCUAACCGAGAAAAUUGUAUAAAUUUAUCUUGUUUACGAUCGAAUCUCUAUCAAUUAAUGCGUCAGUUGAAAGCAAAAACAGCAGAAAAUAAUAUGCUUGUUGAUUAUCGAUAUUAUUUUCAAGUAAUUCAUACAGAUGCUAUUCAACAGCUUAUUCAAUGGAAGAUUCUUGAUAUAAAAUCGUCGUUGAUGGCUUCGUCGGUGGUUGCCAUUAAUCCAAACGAAUCGCCACAGAAGUUAUGCCGAUAUUUUCUCUCGAACACAUGUCGUUAUGGUGAUAAAUGUUACUAUUCACACGAUCAAACAAACAGUCAAAUAAAUAAUAUCUGUCGAUAUUACCUACGAGGCAAAUGUAUAUAUGGUGAUCGAUGCAGGUAUGUUCAUGCACAACAGAAAUCGGAAGCAUUUCCUUGGUCGAUUGAACCACCAAUAACUACAACAACAAGUUCGUUUCAACAGAAUUUACUUAGUAACCAAUCUCAAUCAUGUAUUAAUUUGAAUACAGAAGAGCCAAGACGCUAUGAACAAAAUUCUCCUGAUGAUUCAACUUCUCUUGAAGAAGUGGAGCUACAUUCUCCUAGUUUUACUCUUCAAUCAAUAUGUCCAUAUGCUGAAAAAGAUGGCUAUUGUGAAGCAUUAGAAACUGGGCGUUAUUGUCCAUAUAUUCAUGGUGAUUUAUGUGACCUUUGUGAAAUGCCGUUAUUACACCCAACAAAUGAAAAACAACGAGAACAGCAUCGAUUUGAAUGCCUGAGAAAACAUGAAGCUGAUUGUGAAGAAGCCUUCGCAAUACAACGUAGUCAAGAUAAAAAAUGUGGUGUUUGUCUUGAAACAGUAUGGGAUAGAGAUGGUGAUAAACGUUUUGGUAUAUUGGAAAAUUGUGAUCAUAUCUUUUGUUUGGAAUGCAUAAGAACAUGGCGUUCAUCAUCAAACUAUGAACAUAAAAUUGUCAAAGCUUGUCCCGAAUGUCGAAUAAAAUCUGAUUUUGUUACACCAACAAAAUAUUGGCCAGAAAAUGAUCAAGCAAAAAGGGCCCUAAUUCAAGUUUAUAAAGAAAAUCUUCAAAAGAUCCAUUGUAAAUUUUUCAAACGAGGUGAUGGUUUAUGUCCAUUCGGCUCAAAAUGUUUUUAUCGACAUGUUGAUAAACAUGGACAACAUGUUCAAUUAGAUCCACCGCGUCGUCGUCAACGUCUUAAUAUUCAUGGAGAUUUAGAAAACUAUUCUGAUGUUCUUAUGCUAUCGAUCUUUUCACCAUUUACUGUUGGGAGAGUAUUUGAUGAAUUGGAUAUAUUAUUUGAUGAUGAUGAUAUUGAAUCAUAUGGAUCAUAUUUAACGGAUGAUGAUGAUUUUCGUUUUGCCUAUGAACACGAUUAA